CUCGCCAUUCUGUUUUCCGGGAUGAUUUCUGCCAGUGUGCCUUUGCUGGUGCCACACUGGCAUUCGGUGCAUCCUUUCUAAUUAUGACUGUCACUGCACGGAUGCUCGGACUCCGAGCGCAUCCCCUCUUGGAAUCUUCACCUAUAGAUUGUCAGCCCAUGAAAUGAAAGUUGCGGUGACCAGAUCCCGGGACCAUAUAAAAGACUCGAAGGAAUACAGACGAGUGUCGUUGAAAUAAGAAGGGCCCACUCAGUGCAAGGUUGCCGCCCAUUCCAACUAUUCUGCUUUGAUAUCCCAAAUAUGGCUUCUCCGCGCACCCUCACGGGGGAAACUGUCCAGCUAGGACCUUUCACUCUCCCUCGCCUCUGGAAUGGACUGUGGCAACUGUCCAGCAAUGCAUGGGGAAGUGCACCUUCCUCCAAAGUUCGCCGUCAAAUGUCAGUGUAUGCCAAACAGGGUUACAUCGCAUUUGCGGAUCACUACGGUAGCUCAGAAAUUCUCUUUGGACAGUUCCGAAAGACGUUAUCUCCACCUGAGUUCGCAUUCGGGGCAACCAAAUGGUGUGUUUUCCGAACGACAAACCCUACCCGCCAAAGUGUACAGGCUGCUGUACAAGAGCGGUUGAAUAGAAUGCAAUGUGAGACGAUCGACUUGCUUCAGUUCCACUGGCAGGAUUACAACGAUAGAGGAUAUAUUACGGCGUUACACCAUCUUCGGGACCUUCAAGUGGCAGGGAAGAUUACAACCCUUGGGCUGUGCAACUUCGAUGCUAUACGAACGGAUGAAAUCUGCACUGAACUAGGCCCUGGUGCGGUUGUCUCCAAUCAAGUUCAGUUUUCUUUGAUUGAUACAAGGCCGCUACAUGGAAUGGCCGACGUCUGCAGGAAACAUAAUGUCAAAUUGCUGACCUAUGGCACAUUGUGCGGGGGAUUUCUCUCUGAUCGGUGGUUGAAUCAGCCCCAGCCUGAUUCAUACGCGGGUGACUUGACUCCAUCUCAACGCAAGUAUCUCGACAUGAUUGUCAAGGCAUGGGGCGACUGGACCUUAUUUCAAGAGCUUCUUACAAGUCUUCGCGCUAUUGGCGACCGACACGGCGGUAUUAGCAUUGCCAAUGUUGCUACGCGAUGGGUGUUAGACCACCCGUUCGUCGGAGCCGUAAUCAUUGGCGCGAGGUUAGGCAUCUCGGAUCAUACAGAUGACAAUAAGAAGGUGUCGGAUCUUCGGUUGACGCAGGAAGAUUUCGAUGCUGUUGAGUUAGUGUUGCAAAGGUCGAAUGGGCCUCAUCUAAUUAUGACCAUUGGUGAUUGUGGGGCGGAAUACAGAUAACAGUAUGGGGCGUGUGACUGACUACAAGGACGCCAGUAUGAUAGAGCUAUCGGACUGCUAUAUAUACUUACCUCCAGAUGUGGAUGUUGCUUCAUUAUGUAUGGUUCGCGCUCAUGUUCUUUUACGUGAUACAUAUUCCUUCCCUUCGUCGGACCUACGGAUGCGGUUGUUGAGAGC